CCCGCCCCCGCGCCCCCGGCGCCAGCCACGCCACGCGACGGCGCGACGCCCAGAGGCGUGAGCGGCAGCGUGACGCCGGUGCUCAAGAAGGACGCCAGCGGCGGCGCGGUGGAGGUGGAGAUCGAGGACGGCAUGAUGAAGAGCCCGGCGACGGGGCUGGGCGCCAAGUUCCCCGUGUCGGGGUCCCCCUACGUGGCGCCGCGGAAGAAGGGCGCCGACGUGCCCGGGCUGGAGGAGGCGGCGCACCCGAUGCCGCCGGCGAGCGUGAUGACCCGGCUCAUCCUCAUCAUGGUGUGGCGCAAGCUCAUCCGCAACCCCAACACCUACUCCAGCCUCAUCGGCCUCGUCUGGUCACUCGUCUCAUUCAGGUGGAACAUCCAGAUGCCUACAAUAAUCAAGGGGUCCAUAUCAAUCCUGUCUGAUGCAGGGCUAGGGAUGGCUAUGUUCAGCUUAGGCCUCUUCAUGGCUCUGCAACCAAAGAUUAUCUCUUGCGGAAAGUCUGUUGCGACGUUUGCCAUGGCGGUGAGGUUCUUGACUGGGCCGGCGGUGAUCGCCGCGACCUCAAUCGCCGUGGGACUCCGGGGAGUACUCCUACAUGUUGCCAUUGUUCAGGCAGCACUUCCACAAGGAAUUGUUCCAUUUGUGUUCGCCAAGGAGUACAACUGCCAUCCUCAAAUACUUAGCACAGCGGUUAUUUUCGGAAUGCUCGUGGCGCUCCCGAUCACGAUACUCUACUACGUUCUCCUUGGGAUAUAGAGACAUAAUCGUGAAGAACUAAGGCUGCAUAUCUAUGGGUAGGAAGAAGUAGAAUUCUAGAGAGAAAUGACCAAUGAACAUGUGGGUUGUCUUGAAUACCUGAAGAUGGAUGAGAUGAGAUCAAGCAGAAGGAUAGGUUGAACUAAGUAGGACCCUAGACAGGAAUUCAAAGGAAAGAUAAACAUAUCCUUGAUUCCAUUUUUUAUUUUUUAUAUUAUUUUUGCUACUGUUUUAGAUCCAAAGUAAAGGCUAGGGCUUUGAGUAUGAAUGGUUCAACCGUUAAAUCGACAAGUUGCUACUGAAUCAAGAUUCGUCCAGUGAGUGACACAUGAUCUGGCCACAAGUGUGUGCGCCAAGGUAAAUGUAACUUGUAAUCUCACCCUGGAUAAACUAAUACAUGCGGUUCCCACAUCGCAUGGCAAGAUCACCCUGAUGCUUUGGGGAAAAGAGCUAGAUGCUUCAGCAUA